AUGAAUAUUGUAGGAAAGCUCAGUUUAAUGAUACCAUGGAGUAUAUUCUUGCUUCAUUCACUGCUAUCCACUUUUCAAGGAUCUUAUUGCAAGCUUCCUCUUUUGAGAAGAACUUUGAGAAAUGACUCUAAUGCAACUCGACAGAAAAGAGAUCUUGUAACACUCGAGGUUCAAUCUGCCUCUCAGUUGCACCAUCAUGGGGCCCUGAUGUGGAGUACCCCAGGAGGUUCAUGUCCUCAGGAGUGCCUUAAUGGAGCAGCCUGCACAGAGGCAGGUGAUUGUGACUGUCAGUUAUUUCAGGCUCAAGGAAGCAGGUGUCAAAUUGUACCUAAUACUGGUAAGGACCGAGAUGGGAUUUGCAAAUCAUGGGGACAGUAUAAUUUUGAAACAUUUGAUGGCAUCUACUACUACUUCCCAGGAAAUUGCUCCUAUAUAUUUGCAAAAGAUUGCAGUACUCCGGAACCCCAGUAUACUGUUUGGGUUCAUAACAGUCCUCACUGUUAUGGUUCAGUAUAUACUUGUCAUCGGUCCAUCAGCUUAUUUUUUUCAAACCAGGAGGAAAUAAUUAUUUCAGGACAUGAAGUAAGAAAAAAUGGAAUCAGAUUAAUAUUGCCUCAGACAGUUGGAAAUGCUUUCAUUGAGAGACUGGCUGACUAUAUUCUGGUGAAGACGACCUUUGGCUUUUCUCUUGCUUGGGAUGGAAACUCUGGUAUUUAUAUUAAGCUGACAGAAGAUCAUAAGGGGAAACCUUGUGGCCUUUGUGGAAAUUUUAAUGGGAAUAAAUAUGAUGACUUGAUACUUCAGAAUAGUGAAUAUACAGAAGACAUUGCUGAAUUUGCAAAUAGCUGGGCUCUGCAAGCCCCAGGUGAUAUAGCUUGUAUCCCUACUGCCUCAGAUUUUUCCAGUCCUUGCUCAGCCAAUGCAGAAUCCACUGAGGACAUAUUCUUCAAGUGCCAAAUAUUCCUUCAGUUUCCUUUUCUCAGCUGUCAUGAAAGUAUAGAUCCAUAUUCUUAUAUUUCAAGCUGUAUGAAUGAUCUUUGCAGAGUGGACGAUGAUGAAACAUACUGCAGGGCAGUGACAGAGUACGCUAGAGCAUGCUCUCACGCUGGGUCCCCAGUGCGGGACUGGAGGGAUGACUUUCCUGCCUGUACUGAGAAAUGUGAAGACACCUUUGUUCACCGUGACUGUAUCAGUUGUUGUCCACCAACUUGCACAUUUGAAAAAGAUUGUCUUGGUAGUAAUCUUCACUGUUUAGAUGGCUGUUACUGUCCAGAUGGUCUCAUUAUGGAAAAUGGAACUUGUAUCUCUUUGUCAAAUUGUCCUUGUAUUUAUCAUGGAACUGCUUUCCCCGUAGGCUCAAAAAUUGAACAAGAAUGUAGCAACUGUGUUUGUGUUGGUGGCAUUUGGAACUGCACUGAUCAUGAUUGUCCAGCUGAGUGCUCCAUCAUAGGCAGCUCUCAUUUCACAACAUUUGAUGGACGUCAUUUUACCUUUCUUGGGAUUUGCCAGUACAUUUUGGUAAAAGGCACUGGAAAAAGCAAAUUCACAAUCACUUUACAAAAAGCACCUUGUGAACAGAACUUUGACCAUGCCUGCAUUGAGUCUGUAACACUAGUUCUUGAAGAUGAUGUGAGGAAACAAGUAACUCUCACAAGAUAUGGUCAAGUCCAAACUGUCCCUAACCAAGUUUUUAAUCUCAAUGGGGCUAUUGAAAUUCAGAAUAUAUCUUCUUUCUUUGUUCAACUGAAAACUAGUUUUGGUUUGAAGAUACUAUUUGCUAAAGAUGGAGAGAGGAUUUAUGUUCAAGUUGAUGUCAGAUGGAAGAGAAGAACAUUAGGACUAUGUGGAACAUACAAUGGAAAUUUAAGAGAUGAUUUUCUAUCUCCAGCAGGGAUGAUAGAAGGGACCCCACAACUUCAUGCCAAUGCAUGGAAGGUUUCCUCAGCUUGCUCCAUGCCCAUCAAUAUUCCUGUGGUUGAUCCCUGCAAUGUGAAUCAGCAAAAUGCUGGGUAUGCAUCUCACUGUGAUAUCAUCAACCAAGACGUUUUUGCUCCCUGCCAUGCCUACAUCAGUCCAGGGUUGUACUACCAGCUCUGCCGCUUCGAUGCGUGCAAAUGUGGAAGCAGCUGCUUGUGCAAUGCUUUGGCACACUAUGCUUAUGUCUGUGGCAAGCACGGUGUCAUAAUUGACUUCAGAUCUCAUGUUUCUUAUUGUGCUGUGAUGUGUCACAGUGGUAUGCUUUAUCAUCAGUGCUCUUCUUUUUGUAAACAUUCCUGUGCUUCACUUUCUAUGGCAAAUAUCUGUGCUGAUGACUGUGCAGAAGGAUGUAAUUGUCCUGAUGGGAAAUAUUUUGAAGAGUCAGUCAACUUUUGUGUAUCAAUAUCUGGCUGUCAUUGUCAUUACAAAGGCAAAGCCCUCCAGCCUGGAGAAAUCCUUUCUACGCCAACAGGCUCCUGUCAAUGUUUGAAUGGAACAGUGAAAUGUAUUGAAGCCACUACAGAAAACAUAGUUCACAUAUGCCCUGAAGGAAAAAUCUACUAUGACUGCAGAUUUCCUGUGCCUGGGUUACCAGCAGCAGGUGUGAAUUGUGGGAUCUCUUGUGCAAACCUUGCCAUGAACUUCUCCUGUGUCCCCUCACCACCCUGUGCAAGUGGCUGCAUUUGCCCCCCUGGGAUGGCUGAGCACAGGGGGAAAUGUUAUAUUCCUGACAGUUGUCCAUGCACCUGGAAAGACAGAGAAUUUCUGUCAGGAGAAGUGAUAGCUACUCCAUGUUACACCUGUGUUUGUCGGAGAGGCGUUUUCAACUGCACCAGUUACCCCUGCCCUGCUGUGUGCACCAUUUAUGGAGACCGACAUUAUUACACCUUUGAUGGACUGGAGUAUGAUUAUGUCAGUGACUGCCAAACUUACCUGCUAAAGAGCACAGAUAACUCAAAUAUAUCUAUAAUUGCUCAGAACAGAAAGUGCUUUGACAAUGAUAUUGUUUGCUCAAAGAAUGUUUUCAUCACUGUUGGAGACACUGAGAUUUAUUUUAGUGAACCUUCUGAGAAGCAGGUUAGUUCUUCUCUUUCUUUUUUUUGGGAAAACAAAUCUAACUAUCAGCUCUGGAAGGCUGGAUAUUAUACUGUGAUACACUUUCCAGAACAGGACAUUACAAUUCUCUGGGAUAAGAAGACAAUGAUGCAUGUUAAAGUUGGACCUCGAUGGAAGGGCAAGCUGGCAGGCUUGUGUGGAAAUUUUGACAAAUAUACUUCAAAUGAUCUGACUACAUCAAACAACAUGGAGGUGAGAAAUGCACAGGUGUUUGGAGACAGCUGGGUAUUAGGACAGUGCAAGAGCCCAAAUGAAACACUGAGACCAUGUGAAGUACAUCAGAGCAAGUUCCCUUAUGCCAAAAAGGAAUGUUCCAUUUUAUACAGUGAUCUUUUUGCACCUUGUCGCAAUGUGAUUGAUGUGACUUCUUUUAUCAGAAAUUGUCACACAGACACAUGCAACUGCAAUCUUGGUGGGGACUGUGACUGUUUGUGUACCAGUAUUGCAGCUUAUGCCCACAAGUGCUGCCAGCAAGGAGCAGCGAUUCACUGGCGAUCUCCUUCACUCUGUGCUUAUGACUGUGAACAUUACAACCAAGGUCUUGGUGAAGGACCCUAUAUUUUGGCAAGUUUUGGAGUGAAUGACAUGAUUAUAGGGGCUAAUGUAUCCAGCAGAAGGAUAUUUCCCCUGCCUAGAACUGGAGCACAUGGAAAUGUGAUUUUCAGUUUCAUGAUAACUCCAGGUCUUUUCAAAGAUAAAGAUUUAUCUCUGUCUCUUGUUUCACUUGAAUCUGCUGAAAGACCCAACUACUUUCUGUAUGUACAUGACAAUGAAACCGUUGGGUUGGAGCAGUGGCAGGCAAGUGCCUCCUUUCAGAGAAGAGCCACCUUCUUCCACCACCAGGGUCUCUGGAGUCCAGGGCUCAGUGCCUUUGAGCUGCAUAGUAAAAAAGGCUUCUUCAUCAUUCUCACCUCAUCCAGUGUUAAAUUGGAAAAGUAUGAUGAUUCAGAAGAAUUCAAACAUUUCAGCAGCUUUAGGAUUGAAGAACUCAGUGCUUCUGUGCCUUACAGAAGGAUGUGUGAAUGGCGAUAUGAAUCUUGUGCUAAUCCUUGUUUUAAGACAUGUAGUGAUCCUGAAGGAAUAGCAUGUAAAUUUCUUCCUCUGGUUGAAGGAUGCAUGCCAUACUGUCCCAAAAACAUGAUCCUUGAUGAGGUCACACUGAGAUGUGUUUAUCCAGAAGACUGCAUACCUGUGACACCCACAGAACCAGAAACUGGACUGAAACCUUCACUAUUAAUCUCUCACAUGGGUCCUACCACGGAGAGAUUUCCUCAGACACCUCCUGUAUUUGUUACUUCAGGGAAUAAAUCAACUUUCAUCAGUGUGACAGACGAAAUAACCAUGAAUGCAAACACAGCUUCAAGGGGAAUGAAUGUGUCGUUACAGUCCAUUACAGACUUUUAUUCAUUGGAAGCAUCUAGUGAAGCCACCUAUUCAACAUUUUCAUUACCAAGUACAGUGGAGCCUUCUGAUAUGCCAAUGAAAUCCAUUAUGUCUACAGCCUUCCCUCUCAGGACGUUGGCAUUACCUCUAAAUGCUACAUCAAUAACCACUUCAGAACUUACAGAGUACCCAAAAAGUUCAGAUACAGAACUGAAAAUUGACCCUGUGGCUCAAAGUUCAGCCUCUGAAAUCACUUUAAAAAGCCAGCCCUCUAUGCCUUCACCUCCGCCUCAGAUCACUCAUAUCUCUAAUGUUUCUCUAGGAAAACAGAGUUCUUCGGUAAGUUCUUCAGAAGAAGAUGGAACAAUAUCAGACAUACCAGCUGGAAUCAUCACUCAAUCCACUACACCAGUGAUCACGAACACAACAGUGAAUGCUACAUCCUUCAAAGCACCUUAUAUUUUUGCAAAAAUGCUACCUAGUUCUUCGGCCAGUUUAUUAGUUACUUCAGGCACUACCCUAGCCUCUAGGAUUACUACAAAAACCGCUGAUUCCUUUGUUGUCAGUUUGGAUUUUUAUGUAGCUUCAGCUUCAGUUCCUACCACCACAGAAACACACAAAUCUUUAUUUACAACUGCAGUAACUCAAGUUUCACAGAGCACUAGAGAAACUCCAAAGAUUAAUAUAAUGAAAACAACUGGUACUACAAGUCUAUUAUCACAGAUUAAGAGUACCUCAUAUAUAGGAUCAGAAGUUAAAACCACAACUUUAUUUGAAAAAACUCUGGAUAUUUCAGAAGAUGGUCGGACUUCACAUGAGCAAAAAAAUGCUACCAAGACAGAGACAACCACAACUGACAAAUCUUCCCCACCUUAUUUGCCAGUAACUGCAGUUCAGAGUCUGCUAUUUUUAAGAAAUACAACCUCAGUCAAAAAUAUCUCUAUUUCUGGAGUACUGGAUGUAACAACAUCAGAUAGGUCCAAAAUCCCAACACAGAAAUCCAUUACACCUUAUUUUGGUGUAACAGAGGGCACAGAGCAAAGCAGAGCUGUAAUAGAUUUAUCUCAUUCUAGUGGUGAAAUGGCUCUGUCUUCCUCUUCAGGAACGACGGCUGUAGCUGACAAGGCUUACUUUGGCACGAUGAUGCAUGCACUGAUAUCUGCAUCUUCUGAGUGUGUGCCAAGAUACCUUGAACCUGUUGACAAAUGCAGCCAGUAUGUGUGUGUUAAUACGAGUUGGAUGUUAUACAAUCUUUCAAGGAACUGCCCCAAGGAUGUGCAGAAGCCUGACUGUGGUUUUAGAGGAAUGCCUGUUCAAGUUAACACUGAUAGCUGUUGUCCAGAAUGGGAAUGUCCCUGUCAGUGUUCUGUACUGUCUGAACUGAGUGUUAUUACGUUUGAUGGAAAUAACAUAGCCCUCUGUAAUAUGGCUUCCUAUGUUUUAGUCAAGCUACCAGGAGAAAUUAUUGUUGCUCAUAUUGAAAAAUGUCCUGCUAAUCAGAGUGGAAAUUCAAUAAGAAAACUAGUGCCACCUGCAAACACUUCAGGGCUCUGUUUUAAGAAAUUAAAUGUCACAACACACACUUGUCAAAUACUUAUCAAUCGUUUAGCAAGAAAAGUAGUCAUGGAUUCUGUAAUUCAAACGUUACCAUUUUCAAAAGAAGGACUGAGUAUUCAGGAUACUGGUGCAAUGUAUGUUGUUAAUACCCCAGCUGGCAUUAGCAUCAAGUGGGCUCAUGUUACUGGCAUCAUAGAUAUACAGUAUGGAUUACACUCUAACACAACGAGGAAGACAGAAGGACUUUGUGGGGUGUGUAAUGGAGAUCCUAGUGAUGACCUGAAAAUGCAAAACAUGACCAUAAUUACAAAUAUGGAGGAAAUUGAAAUGUUCAUUAAGAGUUGGGAAAUUGAGAAAUCACUUGAUGUCACAACCAGGAGGCCAGUAAGAAACUGUGCUGAAGACAACUGCAUAUACUGUAUGGAGCUGUUAAACAGAAGCAUUUUCAUCCCUUGUCACAAGAAAGUGUCUCCACAGGAAUUUUGUGAGAAGAUGUGGAUCAACAGUACUAAUUUUUGGAAUUAUCAGUGUGAUGCACUUUCUGCAUAUGUGGCUUUAUGCAACAAGCACAACAUCUGCAUUAAAUGGAGGACACCUGAUUACUGUUCAUUGAGCUGUCCUGAGGGCAAGGAAUACCAGCCUUGUGUGCAGCCCUGUGAAGCAAAGACAUGCUUGAAUAAAUGGUUCUAUGAAGAUUCUCCCUGUUCCUAUUUAAGGGAAGACUGUGUGUGUAAAAAAGGCACCAUUCUGCAUAGAACAGACUCUGACCUCUGCAUAUCAGAAGAAAAAUGUACAUGUACAGAUAGUAAAGGACAACCCCGCUCUGCUGGGGAGAUCUGGAAUGGGUCCAUGAGAGGGUGCUGCAUGUACAACUGUUUAGAAAAUGGAAGCAUUAUUGCUGUAGAACCUGAAUGCAAUGAGGAUCCACCACCAGUCUGUGAAAGAGAAGGGGAAGUUCUGCUGCAUGUCAUUGAAGAGAGAGCUUGCUGUCCCAAGAAAGUUUGUGAAUGUAACAUGUCAUUGUGUGAUGCCAUUAUUCCGACAUGCAAACCCAAUGAGAAAUUAGUGGUAGGCUACCACCCUUUGUCCUGCUGUCCACAGUACCGAUGUGAAUGCGAUCCUUCAGUUUGCUUUAAUGCCUCCCAGCCUAGCUGCAGAGAAGACCAAUUUAUUGUUGAAGCAAAACAGGAAGAUCCCUGUUGUUUCUCUCAUCUCUGUGUUUGUGAAUCCUGUAUUGAACCUGUUCCCUUGUGUAGUGAAGGGGAAAUUCUCACUGUAGACCUUAAUACCAUACACUACUGCUGUCCUCAUUACUACUGUGUUUGUGAUGAAAAUCUUUGUUCUGAGCCUCCUAUGAUUUGCACAGAUGGCAUGACACCUGUGAAGGAAAAAAUACUUGGGCAAUGUUGUCCGGAAUGGCACUGUGAAUGUAGUUGUGAAAAUGCUACCAUGCUGACCUGUAAAUUGGGAGAAGUUAAAAAAAUAGAUAGCAGUGUUUCCAGUGCUUGUGGAUGCACUCACUACAUUUGUGAGAAGGAUGAUGUGUGCAUCUUCCAAGAGGUCACAGUACUGAAUCCUGGACAGUCAGUGAUUCAGUACUUGGAUGGAGACCUUUGUUACACUGUACAGUGUUUAGAAGAAAAAGAUCAGAACACAGGCUACAAUGCCAUGCAUUUCACAAUGAUGAACUGUUCCCAGCAAUGUGAAGCUCAUCAAGUAUAUAUUCCUUCCUUCAGUCAUCAUACCUGUUGUGGUACAUGUCAAAAUGUGUCCUGCUCUUUUCAUGCAGAGAAUGGAACACAGAUUGUGUAUGAGGAAGGAAGCACCUGGACCUCCAACUGUACCAACUACAAAUGUGUAAAAACUGCUGCAGGGGCUAUCAUACUGGGGUCAAGUGUUGUCUGCCCCCCAUUUAAUGACACUGAGUGUACAAAGAAUGGAGGAAUUGUGCAGACGUAUAAUGAUGGCUGCUGCAAGACCUGCAAAAAGGAAGAAAGGAUUUGCCAGAAAAUGACAAUCAGGACAACCAUAAGAAAAAAUGACUGUAUAAGUCAAAGCCCGAUAAAUGUGGCUUCUUGUGAUGGAAAAUGCCCGUCUGCAACAAUUUUCAAUGUCAAUAUUGAUAGCCAUCUAAGAUUCUGUAAAUGUUGUCGAGAAAUUGGAACACGAGUCCUGACCGUACCUUUGCGCUGUUCAGGAAAUGGCACUGAAAUUAUGUAUGUCAUUCAAGAGCCUAUAGACUGCUCAUGCCAAUGGAACUGA